CGCAGCGUUUAAAAGACGGGAGGCUGAGCUCCUUCUGCAUCCAGCCUCACAGUCCUGGACUAACAGAUUUGGAUUUUUUCAGGUCAGAAGCUUCCCUGCAGAAGAAAAGCAAGAUGGUGGCAGUUUUCUUCUUCGUCUUCCUUGGCAUCCCGAUGGCAAGGAUGGCAGCUGUUCCUCUGAAAGCAGCUGACAGUGAAAACCAAAUCAAUGAGGGGUUGGAUGCCACGGAUGCCAUCUCCAAAGCAAACGCUGGCAUAAAGACUCCACUGAUCUACGGUGACAUUGCUCCGAGCAAAAAUAGGAACGCAGUCCCAUGCACGGCCACCGGCUGCACGUGGCCCAAAUCUGGAAGCUAUGUCUACGUUCCCGUCUACAUCGCCCCCUCAUACUCCGUGGCAGAGCGUAACGUCAUCAUCAAUGGCCUGUUGAGCUUCCACUCCUCCACCUGCAUUCGCUUUGUCUGGAAGGACUCGAGCCAUCGGGACUUCCUUUACUUCUACCCUGGAACCGGGUGCUGGUCCUACCUGGGCCGUCAGGGCGGACUGCAGCAGGUGUCUCUGCAGAGCAAUGGCUGCCUGUAUCACUCCACGGUGCAGCAUGAGGUCAACCACGCUCUGGGCUUCCACCACGAACAGGUCCGCUCUGACAGAGACUCCUACAUCCAGGUCCUCACCCAGAACAUCGUCCCAGGGCAAGAACACAACUUUGUAAAGAUAGCGACUAACAACCUGGGAACUCCCUACGACUUCAACUCCGUUAUGCAUUACAACAAGUUUGCCUUCUCCAGAAAUGGCCAACCGACUCUCCUGGCCAAAACUAAUCCUUCCCUCGACUUUGGAAGGGCCACAACGAUGAGCGUCAACGACAUCGCCCGCAUCAACAGGCUCUACAAAUGCUAAUAAAGGAGAAACUUCAGCGUUACCCUGGAUCGGCUCUGACCUGCUCCUCUCACAAAAUCUCAUCUCAGAGCAACAGAAACUUUUCCUCUGCUGUCUCAUUUACUGCUUAUCUAUACAACUACAUAACUGCUGAAGACAGUUGUCUCUUACAGAAAGAAACAGAUUUUUAGAUCAAAUUCAAAGAAACGUACUGCAGGUUCUCCUGCUGGACGAGUGUGGUAUUACAUCUCAAUCUGUUAGAAUACAUAUCGGUGUUUAUUGGUGACGGAUUUCUUAUCAAAAAGGUUUUUCCUUUGGGUUGGCUUUUUUUCUUUGCAUCUGCUUUAAAAAAUGGAAAGGAAUGUUUCAAUUGAAGAUAAAUCUAUGGGGAAUUUUGGUUAAGUAAAUUAUAUUGUGACAUAAAAACAAUGAAAGAUAGUCAGAUGGAUUGGACUGGUAUAAAAUGUCUCAAUAAAAGUCAAUUAUUCAAGAAUAUACAACCUAUGGGAAUGUAAAAUGUAAAAGUUCCCCAAUCACAUUUGGCCUAAAAAAUGUUUUUAUCAACAGAAUGUUACAAGAUCUCAUCCAACAUGUUUUAUUCUGAGAUUUAAUGGUAUUGUAAUCCAUUCAGUCAAGUACAAAAUAAAAUUUGAUCAUUCCAACA